AAAGCACUUUCGCUUUUAACAAAUUAAGUUGUUUGGCUGUAGAUAUAAUAAUUACAAGCAAACAAGAUAAAAAGCUAAAAAAUAGAGCUUUCGUAGGCAUUGUUGCCAGCAACACACGGCAGCAAAGUUGUGCAACAGCAGCAGAAUGACGAAGCGCGAGUCUUGGCCUCAGUUUUAGUUCGUGAUUGGAUCCCAAACGAAGAUGCAGUACAACCAACCACCGGCGGGAGCCACUGGGUAUCCACAUCAGAUGCCACCACCGAGUUACGAGCAGGUGGUUCACAUACAGGCGCCAGUGCGACUGGUUCAUGCAGCAGCACCUCCGCCCGUGGUGAUCAUACAGCAUCAAGCCGUAUUGCCCGUUGGUCCCGACCCCAGCUUCAUCACAUGCCCGCACUGCCAUGUCCAGAAACUGACCCGCGUGGAGUACUCGCCCAGUGUGAAAACACACGUCAUUGCCGCCAUUCUCUGCAUCGUUGGACUCUGGUGCUGCGCAUGUCUGCCCUAUUGCGCCACCAGCUGCAUGAAUGCAAAUCACUUCUGCGGCAAUUGCAACAAGUUCGUCGGCGUCUACAACAGCGAUUAGUAAUCCCCAAG